AUGUCGAAGAGAAACUAUUGUAUGGGGACAGCUGGUGGCAAGCCACGACCAUCCACCCCUUCCGGGACCCGGCGAGGCUAUAGGGAAUUUCACCCCGUCCCUGGCCCUCAUCGCUUGAUUCACCAACGGCAGGAAUCGAACCCAGGAUCUCCCGUUUACAUAGGGCCUGGGAAACGCCCUUACCACGGGGCCAACCCGUGA